GGCGCUAGACAAAAGGCAGUGCAGAGCGCGCCCUCCUAGCGAGGGGGAGAUUUCUCCAGUAGGGGGCGCAGCCCGUAGGGGCUGGGUCUCUGCGAGGCGUACGCUACGUCAGGGACAGGACAACUCUCGCCCCGCCCCGUCACCUAUGGGGAUCGCUGAUUGGAGGAAGGAACUAUCAGUUGGCAGGGCUGCCGUUGUGGUGGAAGGAAGAGGGCCGCGGCGGAAGGCAACGCUGAAGCAGCCAGAGGAGCGGGGAGCUAAUCUGUACAGCAUCUCGGCCGCGCUCCCCUCCUCGCUCUGCGGUGAAUGGCGGCAGGAUGGAGCGCGAGGGGGGCGGCGGCAGCGGGGGUUCGGCCGGGCUCAUGCAGCAGAUCCUCAGCCUGAAGCUCGUUCCGCGAGUGGGCAACGGGACCGUGUGCCCCAACUCCACGUCCCUCUGCUACUUCGCAGAGAUGUGGUAUGGUGUGUUCCUGUGGGCACUGGUGUCUUCUCUCUUCUUUCAUGUCCCUGCUGGAUUACUGGCCCUCUUCACCCUCAGACAUCACAAAUAUGGUAGGUUCAUGUCUGUAAGCAUCCUGUUGAUGGGCAUCGUGGGACCAAUUACUGCUGGAAUCUUGACAAGUGCCGCAAUUGCUGGAGUUUACCGAGCAGCAGGGAAGGAAAUGAUUCCCUUUGAAGCCCUCACACUGGGCAUUGGGCAGACAUUUUGCGUAGUGGUGGUCUCCUUUUUACGGGUUUUAGCUACUCUGUAGCAUACACCCUUCUGCUGUGAUGUGGAACCUGUUUCAUAGACUCCUCAAAAAGAAUUCAUUAUGGAAUAUGUUUUCUUCAUUCUCAAAUGGAAGCAGCGUGGAUGAACAGGAAUGUGGACAGCAUCUCAUUUCGUCAUUGAAGCUGCAGGCAUUGAAGAUCUUUGUGGACCUCUCUUCUUCUCAAUCAAAUUAAAAUAAAUCUCGGCUUUUUAAAUGAUAGAUAUUUAAUUUAAGCAGUUUUACACAUGCGCCUACCUAAGCCAGGUCAGCAAUGCUUUUGGGCUGGCGUCCCUUGCACUGAAAUGUACAACACUGUGUGAGGGGAUGCAGUGUCACAUAUUUCAGAGAACCAUGGGAAAUACUGGUUCGUUUCAGCUGAGCAGAGUACGCUAUAUUAAAAUCUUUGCUGAGCUAAUCUUGAUUAGAAUUCGAGAAACUUUUCUUUUGCUACAUCUUCGUGACAGUAAAUGACUGGUUUUGGUUCGAUAUAGCUUUGAGAACAAAUUUGGUGAAAUAUAACUGAAAAAAAAAAUCUAUGAAGUGGUGACUUUGGUACCACUGUUUAAAGAAGUAGGUAACUGAAUAAUGUGAUAUUUUGUGGAUGACUAUCUUGACCUCUGAUUAUUUAAUAUAUUUUAAGAGAUGUGAAUUUGUUUUGUACGUUUUAUUACAGCUAGCUGAGACCUUUUUUUAAAAAAAAAUUCUGUACCACCUUUUCCUAGCACUUUUAAUUCUGUUAAUUUUGUUUAGUUUAAUUGGUGAUAUACAUAUGCUAUUAAAUAGCUUGAGUUGACAAUUUUAGGCCAGAUUGGUUAAGAUACUCUCUAGAAAUUGAGGCACCAAUAAGAUACUUUAAACAUUUCUGUUUUAGUUUUUCUUAGUGACUUUGGUUUAUUGGUAAUUUGAGACAUUGUAGAAGUGCGGCUGUAACUAGUUUAGGUUAUUGCUUUCUUAGACUUAAUGUGUUUGCCUAGUGGCGGCUCUUCAGCCCAUUUUUACAGUGUUGGGUAUCAACUCCCAGAAAGUGCCUGAAGUUUAAUUUUUCAGAUUUCUCCCCCUUUCUUAUAUUUUUAUUCAAGAGAAUUUAUAUCCUUAAGAAGAAAUUUUUAUUUUUAUUUUAUCAUCUUUCUUUUGCAUUAAAAAGGCCUCAAAACUGUGACCAUCAAAAAGGCGAAGGACUACAAAAAUUAAGUAUCUAACUUGAUCUUUAGCAUCUCAACUAUUGUGUGUAGAAUAGUCAAUGCUGCUCUCGUUACCUGUUUUCAGAACAGUUUCUGAUAAUGAAAUCUGAUAUUUUUGAAGGAAUUUUCAUCCUGAGAUUAAGGCUUAAUUAACUCAUGAGGUUAUGUGCACAGGAACGUGUCUAUGCCAUUUAAAGCAGUAUACACUCUGGCUUCGGGUACAUGUAGCCAGGACGACUGAUUUGCCAGGGAAAGCCAGAGAAAAAUUACAAAUGGAUCAUAAAAUUAGCUGGAAAGGUUCUUUGGACUAAUUAAACCACCUAGCAAAAUUAUAGUGAGGACUGCUUAGACUACAUGGAAAAUUACAAGUAGAAUUGGAAUGUAGCCAGGUGUUCUUGAAAAUUCUCCAACCAGAAGCUCAAAUCUUUCUUGCAGGUACAUUUCUGGGAUUGCAGUUUUUAAAGGAGCUUUGAUUUUGAAUAGUGCCCCUUCAGUUUGAGAAAUUUGGGGAAAUUGUAUUCUUUAUGAUGAGAAGUAAUUUUGAUCAUAUCUAUUUAAAAAUGCUUCUUAGAACACUUAACAGCAUUCCUUUGGAUAUAAUUUCACAAGCUAAGUAUGUGGGCCAAUAGCUGGUGGACCUUUCUUCCUGAAUACUAAUUUUUGUACCUAUUGAUCCAUGAUUAAAAUAUCAGGUUAUUUUUCUUUAGAGCCAAGACACAAAAACUAAGGCAUUUUUUGAAAUGUGUUCGUUUUUGUUUCUGUUUCUCAUUUGAAGUAUUUUGAUGAUCUAAUCUUUUUUAAAAACUUCAAAUAUAAAAUGUAUCUUCAAAUGAUUGAAUGUUUCAGCCAUCCCAGUAUGUGAAGGAGUCUCCUGUGAAUAAAGGUUUAUAGACUUGAUAUAUAUCGAACUGUGUGCUUGACAUGUU